UUUGCUGGGUCACUUGAAACUAAGGGGUUCAGUUAGUUGUUAACAGUACAAACUUCGAGUGCAUGCGUCGAUGCCUGUAUUUUAUUAUCACGCUUAGAAUGACAAUUUUUAAGUUAAUCGACAGGUUUAGGUGUUUGAUUUUGAUCCUUCAGCAACAUCGUAGAAAAUGGCAGAAAAUGAAGACCCUGCAGUGACGAGGUUCAGGGAGUACAUCAGAAUAAACACGAUGCAGCCCAACCCUGACUACGAGAAGUGCACGGCCUGGCUCAAAGCCAGAGGGGAGGCUGUGGGGGGAGAAGUGAGGGUGGUAGAAAGCGCUCCCGGCAAGCCUGUGGUCCUCAUCACCUUCAAGGGCACCGACCCUCGCUUGCCCUCACUGCUGCUCAACUCGCACACAGACGUCGUGCCCGUCUUCCCUGAGCACUGGAAGUACGACCCAUUUAGCGCGACGAAGGACGAGAACGGCGACAUCUACGGACGCGGCACGCAGGACAUGAAGUGCGUUGGCGCUCAAUACCUCGAGGCCAUCAACAGGAUGAGGAAGCAGGGCAAGACUUUCCUCAGGACCAUCCACCUGUCCUUUGUACCUGAGGAGGAGAUCGGAGGGGUCCUCGGCAUGAAAGAGUUCGUCAAGAUGCCCGAGUUUGAAGAACUUAACGUUGGUUUCGCGCUCGACGAAGGCUACGCUAAUCCUUCAGAGAAGUUCAGUUUGUUCUACGCUGAGCGAACUGUGUGGUGGGUGAUGGUACACUGCCGUGGUCAGCCCGGUCACGGCUCCCAGUUCCUCAAGAAAACCGCGGGGGAGAAGCUGCGAAAAAUGAUCAAUUCAUUCCUAGCUUUCCGCAACGAACAGGAGCAGAAGCUGCUCCAGAAUCCCGAUCUGCAGUUGGGCGAUGUUACAUCUGUAAACCUCACCAUGCUUCAGGGAGGAGUGCAGUUCAACGUGGUGCCUGCCGAGCUGAGUGUGGGCUUCGACAUCCGCAUCCCCCCCACUGUUGACCUCACGGAGUUCGUGGGAAAAAUUGCGGCCUGGUGCAAGGAGGCGGGCGAUGACGUCACGUUUGAGUUCAAGCAGAAGAUGAUGAAUCAAGACAUAACCUGCGUGGAAGACGGGAAGUGCUCCUGGUGGGAUGCGUUUAAUGGAGCGUGCAAAGAAGAAGGAUUGAGUUUGGUGAAGACAAUCUUCCCGGCCGCCACUGACUGUCGAUUCCUCAGAGAGCUCAAGAUACCCGCUCUCGGUUUCUCGCCCAUGAACCACACUCCGAUUCUCCUGCACGACCACAACGAGUUCCUCAACGAGAAGAUAUUCCUACGCGGCAUCGACAUCUACUGCACCAUCAUCAGCGCUCUGGCUAAUAAGCCUGAGUGAGGUUGGUGUUAGGGCUUCAUGGGCUGUGCCUUCAUCACUUCCCUCUCCAGUGGAAUGAGAAUUUUUGUUUAUUACUUAUAUCGUUCUUUUGUUAUUUUCACUA